AGAGCACCACGGUGGAUGUGCCCAAGGCAGUGGGGGCUUCCUCCUUCUGGGUGGGGCUCCAGUGUCUUGUGUGUGUCCCAGCUCACUGAGGGGAAGAUGAUGGAACGGAGGAAGAAGAUCGCCCUGGAGCUCUCGGAGCUUGUCGUCUACUGCCGGCCUGUGCCCUUUGACGAAGAGAAGAUUGGCACAGAGCGUGCCUGCUACCGGGACAUGUCAUCGUUCCCGGAAACCAAGGCUGAGAAAUAUGUGAACAAGGCCAAAGGCAAGAAAUUCCUCCAGUACAACCGGCUGCAGCUGUCCCGCAUCUACCCCAAGGGCCAGCGUCUGGACUCCUCCAAUUACGACCCCUUGCCCAUGUGGAUCUGCGGCAGUCAGCUGGUGGCCCUCAACUUCCAGACUCCAGAUAAGCCCAUGCAGAUGAACCAGGCCCUCUUCAUGGCUGGCGGGCACUGUGGCUACGUGUUGCAGCCGAGCACCAUGCGGGACGAGGCCUUCGACCCAUUUGACAAGAGCAGCCUCCGCGGGCUGGAGCCAUGUGCUAUCUGCGUCGAGGUGCUGGGGGCCCGGCAUCUGCCAAAGAAUGGCCGGGGCAUUGUGUGUCCUUUCGUGGAGCUUGAGGUGGCUGGAGCAGAGUAUGACAGUGCCAAGCAGAAGACAGAGUUUGUGGUGGACAAUGGACUGAACCCCGUGUGGCCGGCCAAGUCCUUCCACUUCCAGAUCAGUAACCCGGAAUUCGCCUUCCUGCGCUUUGUGGUAUAUGAGGAAGACAUGUUUAGUGACCAGAACUUCCUGGCUCAGGCUACUUUCCCAGUGAAAGGCCUGAAGACAGGAUACAGAGCUGUGCCUUUGAAGAACAACUACAGUGAGGACCUGGAGCUGGCCUCCCUGCUCGUCAAGAUAGACAUUUUCCCUGCCAAGGAGAACGGCGACCUCAGCCCCUUCGGUGGUGCGUCCCUGCGGGAGCGUGGCCUAGAUGCUUCGGGCCAGCUGUUUCACGGCCGGGCCCGGGAAGGCUCCUUUGAAGCUCGCUACCAGCAGCCAUUUGAGGACUUCCGCAUCUCCCAGGAGCAUCUGGCAGACCAUUUUGAUAGUCGGGAACGAAGGGCCCCAAGGAGGACUCGGGUCAACGGAGACAACCGCCCCUAGUUGUGCCCCAGCCUCGUGGAGAGCAGCAGCUGCGGCAGUCUCAUGGCGCGCUGUGAGCUGGGCUCUUUGGAAGCGGCCUGCCAGCAGCCUUCCUGGCCUAACAGCCUGGAGCCUGGGAUUCCAGCAGUGGAUGCUAGACCCAAACCAAGCCAUUAAUGAGACGUCUUACUGUUCUACGCCUCCACACUCCAGCUCUGGGUGGAGGCAAAACUGUACUAUGUCUCGAGUUAAGCACACACAUCUGGCCCUUACUUCUGGAGGUGGAUCCUUCCAUCUGUGGGGCCAGGACCAUGGCUACAGCCCCUUGGAGGGAGGCUGCUCAGCUGGCCAGCACAGGAGGCUCUGAAGAGCCGCUGACAUUGCUGAGAGUGGAGGAGCAGCAACCUGGCCAGGGUAGGGAACAAACCAAGUUUACAUUGUCCUGGAGCUUCAGAACUGCAGUUGGGCAGGCUGAGAGGGUAGAUGUCCCUGCAGCCUGGGUGGAAGAGCACGGGGCCUGCCUGGAGAGGGGCUCUGCCUGCCCAAGGAAGUCGACACAGCACAAGGGCACAUUGCCCACGACUGGGAGUACAGCCCAGCCUGAAAGAUACAGGGGACCACAUUACAAAUAGCACUACUGUGCAGCCUGCUCUGUUGCGGGCCGUGUAGGGGUGCCUUGCAGAGUACCAUCUGGAGCAGGGACAGUGGCAACGUAUCCCAGAGUCACAGCAGUGUGGGCCAUGGGCCCAGAGUUGGAUAUGCCAGCCGUCACAGGCUGUACCCCUCACCUGCUGCCCGGAGCCGACUGGAGGACCUGUUCCCUGGAGUGGGUGGGUGGGGGGUGAAUUUGUGAGCACAUGAGACGUGGUGUAUGGCAGUUCCUCUUACAUUGUCAGUGACGACGUGCCUCAUUUAUGUAGAAGCCACUGAGAUGUGGCAGGUCUACAGCAAAAUUAAACCUAAGGCCUUUGUCAGAUGACCGUGAUUGGCACGGGUGUGGCAGGAAUGGAGGAGUAAGGCCGAGCUGGGCCUCCCUCAGCACGUUUGAGAGCCUCCUUCCAACAAGGUACCCUCCAGCAGGCCAGCUGUGAGCCCUGUUUCCAACUGAAGACCACUGUCCCUUCUGCAGCAAAAGCCCUGGGAUCUGAGCAUGCCAGACAACACUGCAAGAGGGCACUCUCUGAGACGAUCUUAAGUAUUAAUUAAAUCAAUUGAAAGUCCUAAUGGACAUACAUUAUGUUGGAGUAUGGAAUUUUAAAGUUUAUUUUUUGCACAGUA